UCCCUUGUUGAUGUAGUCUAUACUUUUCAUGCACUUUCUAACAUACGGUUGACUUCCUUGAUUUCUUGGAUACACCGGAUGUUUUGUAAAAAUCAUUCGCUUUAGACAUCAAAUGCCCACUAUCUUGAAGCAGAGCAAGUUGCAGGUUGCAAACAAUGGAUUUGGAUGCGCCUAGCCCACCAAAGUUCACUACUGGUCUGGCGAAUGCAGAUUUUUUUAAUUUGUCUGGAAUCCCGAACCAGGCUUGGAAAGAGAUAGCUGCUGUUUGUACACUUAAUGUAGAUUUUCUUGUAAAUGAGUAUGAAGGUGUGGUAUAUAUGAGCUUCCCUUCCUACGUUAUAGAAGAUUUCGUUGUCAGAGAUGGCAGAUAUGGAGGUUGCAUUAUCCAGAAUGAGAAAGAUGUUUUCUCUGGCUGUCUGAAGGGUGACGAUGAGAGGCCGGCUCUUGUUUACGAGGGGGCUCUCAACCGAUUCCUGCAUACCCUGCGGCACUCAAAUUUUGAAGCCCAGAUGCAGGAAUUUUUGAACCAAAAAAAGGAAGCCCUUAUAUUUGUGGGUCAUGCUAUAGGAGGUCAAGUUGCAACCCUGGCCAUGCUCUGGCUUCUGGCAAAGAGGGAGAAGGUGAGACAUGUCUCUCCUUUUUGCAUUACAUUUGGUUCUCCUUUGGUCGGAGAUGCUAGGCUUGGGGAGGCACUUGGCCGUGAAGAUUGGUCAGGCAAAUUUUGUCACGUUGUUUCCAAGUAUGAUAUUGUUCCUAGGAUGCUUCUUGCACCAUUUAGAUCAAUUGCCAAGGCUUUGAAUGCAAUUGUACCUCAUUGGCAGGCUAUAAUGGGCAUUUACUCUGUUGCUGCAUCACAUUUUUCUAUUCAAAAGGCUUGCAAGAUUCUUUUUAAGAAAGUUGUGCAGUGCAUGUCUACAAUGGCAUACAGUUACCGAGGAGAAUCUGGUUAUAGAAGCCCAUAUAGACCAUUCGGUACUUACAUGUUCUGUUCAACCAACAGUGCAGCUUGUAUUGAAGACCCUGAAGCUGUCUGGAAAAUGUUCCAUUUCAACAUGCAUAACACAGAAAAAGAGUCUUUUGUUGUAGGCGCAUGCGUUACAGAGCAUCUAGGUUAUUGCCAAAUGUUGGAACAUGUCACUGAACACUCACUUAGUAAUGCAGUGAAAGUUGGAAACUUCAUCUCAGACUCCUCCUUUGAGAUGGGAACAGCUAUGGAAUUGGAAGCAAUCGGUGUUGGGGCUCAGAAUAAUGGUGCAUUGCUUGCCCUCAGAGAAGCUGGAUAUUUGAAAAGCAAACGUAUUAUGAACAUUGAAAAACUAAAUUACCAGUUGAGCAAGAACCAAAGCUAUAUGGCUGAGCUGGAAUGGUUCAAAGUGACCUGUAAGGCCAAUGGCCCUGGUUACUAUGAUGUUUUAAAAUCUCUGGGUGAGCGUGACAAGAAAGAUUUUCCUGCAAAUAUGAUUAGAAUAACUCUGGAAAUAUACUGGGAUGACAUUAUUGAGAAGGUGAAGAAUCAUGUUUUACCCAGUGGAUUUCAAUUCCAAAAUAAAUGGAUCAAUGCUGGCACUGCAUACAGAAGACUUGUAGAGCCACUGGAUAUUGCAGACUACUAUCGCCUCCACAAAGAUCAUGGAAGCUAUCUGUCAAACGGGACCAGACCAAACCGUCACAAAAUCCUGGAAAAAUGGCUCAAUGUAAAAGAUCAAACUCGCAUUAAUGGAGUUACAAAAGCUAGAAAUGAUCGCACAAAAUUUGCAUCAUUAACUGAGGACUCCUGUUUUUGGGCUCAUGUAGAAGAGGCUUGUAAAGUCUUAAAAGUUCUCCAACAGGAACAAGACCAACAGCAAGCCAUGAACACCCAACUGAAAGAAAGCCUUGAAAAGUUUGAAGAUUAUGUAUGGAAGAUGAUCAAAGAUCGCAGCAUCUCUGUAGAGGUUUUCUUGGAGGGGAGUAGCUUCAUGAAAUGGUGGCAACAAUACACACAUCUUCAAUUUCAAUCAAACCAUUAUUUGUCCGAAUUCAUGGAAAAUGAGGGUUGGAAUUUGCAAGUUUAGAAGAAAGAUCCUUUUCUUAUUUUAAUCUUGAGAAAUUUAACUUGUAUUUCCACUUGAUUGUUGAAGUUUUUUUUGGGCGACCUGCAUACAAGUUACUGAAAUGGGCUGUAACUAUACUCUAUACAAAAAUAUGCUAAGACAUCUAACAUUCAAAUCACCAUUAUAAUGGCAUCCCUGGAACGGCUGAUGGCAGCGCCGUUGGAGGAAUUUUUAAAAAGUUUCAUUCCCAUCCAAAUAAUUCAAAAUAUCUAAAAAAUGGAUGUUUUUCAUUUGCGAUUGGAGGUGCACCCAUGAAGGAAAGCGGAAAGGAAAGCCAGCAGGUGAAUACGAGAGUCGAAUUCAAGAAUGCGGCUUCAUUGUCACCAACUGGGCACCUCAGAUUCAGGUAUGUUUCAGAAAUCUCUGUUUUUUCAGCUGCUGUUGCUUUUUUCGUCCGUUUUGCUCUUUGCUUGGAAUUUUCGCACAAAUCUUUAGAAUAGGAUUUUUUCGUCCAUUUUGCUCUUUGUAGAAUAGAAAAUUUUGUUUGUCCAUUUUGUCUCUUAGCACAGGAAAAUUACAGUGAGACAUCAAAGCUGAGUGGGUCCUUGUGGAAGUCACAAUCAGGCCAAGCCCCAAUUUAGGCAUCAAACCCUUUUUCUAAAGUUCGCAAGGGGACUCCAUUAUCUUGUUUCUGUCAGUUGCAUGGUGUGUAUGUAUGAGUCUUGUUGUGUGGUGGAUAUUGAUAUAACUUUGUGUUUUUUUGGUGGGUUUUCAUUUUUUAGUGGUUUUUGCAGAGCGUUGCAGACAAAUUUGAUGCGAAAGCAAUGCUCACUUUUUUGGUUCAUUGAAGCAGAUAAGCAUGUGGUAUCCUUCACAGCAGGACCAAUUACAUCUUAGGAUCUACGAGAAGUAGAUGUAGAUGGUGCAAAUUCUUCAAACCGUGGUAUCCUUACUCUCACAUAUUUAGCUUUUGUAAUGUCCCAUUUUAGAAUAGACAGAGAUAUUGAGACAAUAACUUGCUCAACUUUUCACACUUAAUUUAUCAAACACUUACACUUAGACCUGCUAAUGGAAAUUAUGAGAGAUAUCAAUCGCUGUUUCUAA